UUAACCCUUUUUGCCUUUAUUUUCCCCUCGAGACAAAAAGGAGAGCGACAAACACUUCCUGUCUAAAUUUUGUUUUCUCUCCUUCUCUCUUUCUCUCUCGAUUUCUCAAAUCCCUUGUCUUUUUUUUUUGACGGUCUCAAAUCAGUUUGUUUUCUUCCAUAUUUUGAAUAUAUCUUUUCAUCAGUCUCCGGCUUAAAAAUGCCCUUAGCGGCUAUGGUAUACCCGCAAGGUCCAUUCGGAUACCUCUCCAACUGUAAAGAUUUUAUGUUCCACGACUUGUACUCUCAAGAAGAAUUAGUAGCUCAAGAUACGAAGCACAACAUUGAUAAGUCAUGUCACGAACAGAGCUUUGUGGAACACGGUAAAGACGAAGAUCGUCAGUGGCGAGACUAUCAACAACACCCUUUAUUAAUCCCUUCAUUGAUAGAAGAGCUUGGUCUUCCCGCCAAUGAUGUGGAGCAUCAUCCUCCUCUGCAGCAGCGGAGGAAGAGGAGGAGAACAAGAAACAGCAAGAACAAGGAAGAGAUCGAGAACCAGAGAAUGACUCAUAUCGCCGUCGAGAGAAAUCGUCGGAAACAGAUGAACGAGUACCUCGCCGUGCUCCGUUCUUUAAUGCCGUCGUCGUAUGCUCAAAGGGGAGAUCAGGCGUCGAUAGUAGGAGGAGCUAUAAACUACGUGAAAGAGCUAGAGCAUAUCUUACAAUCUAUGGUGCCUAAGAGAACCACGACCCAUGAUGUAGAAGGAGCCAAGACUAGCACUAGCUCGCUGGCGGGUCCCUUCUCAGAUUUUUUCAGCUUCCCUCAAUUCUCUACAAAGUCAUCAGAAGUACCGGAAAGCUCAUCUUCAUCGGCGGAGAUAGAAGUGACGGUGGCAGAAAGCCACGCGAACAUCAAGAUAUUGGCCAAGAAGAAACCAAAGCAGCUUAUCAAACUCGUAGCUUCUUUACAAAGCUUAAGGUUCACUCUUCUUCAUCUUAAUGUCACCACUCACCAGAACUCCAUUCUCUACUCCAUCAGCGUCAAGGUACGUACAUUUUCAACUUCUCAUCAUUACUUUGUUUGCUUUUGGGGUAAUCAUGAGAUUAAAGUGAUUAAUAACUGUGUGGUGCAUAUGGUUUCACUUUGUUGAUUUAUUUUUUUGUCUCUUAUUGUUGGGGGAAAAAAUUGGAUUAGUACUAGUUGUCGUUGUAUCUGGGCUUUAAAAAGGUUGCGAAUAAAAGUUAAAAUCAUUCUCUUUGUUUUUGCUUACUUCGUUUGGGCACUUAGGGCAUGGGGCCUCAAUAGUUGUGGGUCAAACUCGUAAUCAUCAUUUUAUUUUAGACACAAAAAAUUGCGUAUCUUAAUGGUACCUGUAAGAUUCAGGGGACCAACCUACAAAAAAAAAACACCAAUAUGCGUGUAUCUAUCGUAUACGUGGUGUUGUAUACUACUGUGGAUAUAUGUUUGGUGGUCAUAGAAUUGUCGAUGAAAUAUGUACGGACAACGAAGUGAGGCCACCACUUGUUGAGGAGAUAUUCAUAAGCCCAAUUUUAAGCAAAUUGAUAUUUUGUAAUGAAAUUAUGUUUGUCCCCGUUUCAACCUUUUUUAGGAAUCUUUAUAUAUAGUUA